GGCAUUGUGAGGAGCUGGUAUGUGUGGGGAGGAGAGUGUUUGUGGGGGGUGAGAGAGGUGGGGGAGACCGGAGGUGGAGAGGGAGGAGGUGGACAGAGACAGACCCUCUCUCUCUCCGUCUCUCCCUCUGGAGAGAAAGCAGCCACAGGGGGGUCUGACUCAGCCAUUCAUCUGUAUGACCUCUCCACUCACCAGAGACUGAUGACCUGCAGGGCCAGGUGGGUAAAACAGUAGUAACCCCUGAAAACUACAUUUUCUACAAUACAUGUUUUUUCCUGAUGUGGAACAUUAUGACAAUUUUAUCAUUAUUUUAAAUAAAACAUUUUAGUAAAACAUUUAGCCCCCCUGACCCCGGACCAAAUAUACCCCUAGCGAAGUGAGUACAAAUCCCGUCUCAGCACUUCUCAUCUGUCUAUUCCUGUGUGCUGUCAAAAAAAUACAAAACAUGUGAGAAGGUCGGAACUCCGAUCUUUCUUUACAAAAUAAAAUAAUUUUGAGUCACUUUAGGUCGUUGUUUCGACCAGUAUUUAUUUUCCACCAUUUUAUUUUCAGCUCCACAAGAACAGUUAUGGAUGGACAUAGUUUUCGGGUUUUCGCAGUGACUUUUCACCCAGAAAUGGAGAGAGAAUUCAUUUCUGGGGGAUGGGACAACACCAUACAGGUAACAAUUGCAGUUUACUGUAUAAAAAAAGAAAUCCAAAAAUCUUAAGAAGCUUGUUUUGUGGAGGUUUGUAAACACUAGUCUGGUCUAGUAACUAGAGACCACAUUCUUACAUUUGUUCUAGGACAAGGGUGUCAAAGUCGAUUCCUGGAGGGCUUUGUGUCUGCUGGCCUUUGUUAUUUAUUUUCAAUUCGUAUUCAGUGAAGACCUAGGCAACCAGGUGAGAGCGGUGACAAUGACAUUAAUUGAUCAAUGAAGUACAAGGGAGGAGUGAUAACCUGUAGACACAUGGCCCUCCAAGAAUUUCGUUUGAUACCCCUGUUUUAGGAGAUCAACUUUGUGGCAAGCAAGCCGAUUUUCCAGUCAAAGUGAUUCAAUUCAAUUUAUUUAAAACAUCUGUCUAAUAACAUUUGUCUUCUCACAGUUUUGGGACACCAGACAGCAGCACUCUGUCAGGUAAAACUAUAAUUGUUUUAUUUGUCUUCAAUCAUUAUGGUUUGUGCGUCAGCAUUAUGGUGUAUGCGUCCAGAUUAGCCAUGGACAUGUUAUAUCAGGCAUUAUCUUUGUCUACCCCACUUUUAGGAUGCUUUCGGGUCCUCACGUGUGUGGCGACACGCUUCAAAUCGACCCAGCUGUCAAUCACAUCCUGUCUGGCUCCUGGAGGAAGGACAAUGCACUGGAGGUGACAACAACAGCAAUAAACAAACAGGGUUGGGUAGUAACGGAUUACAUGUAACAGGGAUGAUGUAAUCAGAUUACAAAAAUUAAGUCACAGCCCAGAUAACUUUUGAAAAGUUAUCAGAGUACAGUAAAAAAUAAUAUAAAACACUUGAUUCAACUUGUCAAAGGCUUGAUGAUUAGUUGGCAAGUAGAAUCAGGUGUGCUUGUCUGGGGUCACAACAAAAAUAUACUAGACUGUUACAGUAUUUAAAUAUUUUUAUUUUUAUUUUUUUAUGUGGGUUGGGAAAGCUUUCCCUGGAACUUGAAAGUGAAGCUGACCUUUUAGCCGUGAUGCCAUUAAAUCAAGAAGAUGCAGUAGGAAGUUGAGCCAGCACUUGCCCAAGAUUGAUGGUUCCCACUAGAUGGGCAAGCAGCAAAGUCAAAAUGAGCUACAGUAUCAUUAAAAUUUAUGAAAACAAAAAUGACCUCAAUUUAAGGUUAGGGUUAGGCAUAAGGUUAGGUUUCAAAUCUGAUUUUAAGAAGAGAAAUACAGUGAGGGAAAAAAGUAUUUGAUCCCCUGCUGAUAUUGUACGUUUGCCCACUGACAAAGAAAUGAUCAGUCUAUCAUUUUAAUGGUAGGUUUAUUUGAACAGUGAGAGACAGAAUAACAACAAACAAAUCCAGAAAAACGCAUGUCAAAAAUGUUAUAAAUUGAUUUUUCAUUUUAAUGAGGGAAAUAAGUAUUUGACCCCUCUGCAAAACACAACUUAGUACUUGGUGGCAAAACCCUUGUUGGCAAUCACAGAGGUCAGACGUUUCUUGUAGUUGGCCACCAGGUUUGCACACAUCUCAGGAGGGAUUUUGUCCCACUCCUCUUUGCAGAUCUUCUCCAAGUCAUUAAGGUUUCGAGGCUGACGUUUGGCAACUCCAACCUUCAGCUCCCUCCACAGAUUUUCUAUGGGAUUAAGAUCUGGAGACUGGCUAGGCCACUCCAGGACCUUAAUGUGCUUCUUCUUGAGCCACUCCUUUGUUGCCUUGGCCGUGUGUUUUGGGUCAUUGUCAUGCUGGAAUACCCAUCCACGACCCAUUUUCAAUGCCCUGGCUGAGGGAAGGAGGUUCUCACCCAAGAUUUGACGGUACAUGGCCCGUCCAUCGUCCCUUUGAUGCAGUGAAGUUGUCCUGUCCCCUUAGCAGAAAAACACCCCCAAAGCAUAAUGUUUCCACCUCCAUGUUUGACGGUGGGGAUGGUGUUCUUGGGGUCAUAGGCAGCAUUCCUCCUCCUCCAAACACGGCAAGUUGAGUUGAUGCCAAAGAGCUAAAUUUUGGUCUCAUCUGACCACAACACUUUCACCCAGUUCUCCUCUGAAUCAUUCAGAUGUUAAUUGGCAAACUUCAGACGGGCAUGUAUAUGUGCUUUCUUGAGCAGGGGGACCUUGCGGGCGCUGCAGGAUUUCAGUCAUUCAUGGCGUAGUGUGUUACCAAUUGUUUUCUUGGUGACUAUGGUCCCAGCUGCCUUGAGAUCAUUGACAAGAUCCUCCCGUGUAGAUUUGGGCUGAUUCCUCACCGUUCUCAUGAUCAUUGCAACUCCACGAGGUGAGAUCUUGCAUGGAGCCCCAGGCCGAGGGAGAUUGACAGUUCUUUUGUGUUUCUUCCAUUUGCGAAUAAUCGCACCAACUGUUGUCACCUUCUCACCAAGCUGCUUGGCGAUGGUCUUGUAGCCCAUUCCAGCCUUGUGUAGGUCUACAAUCUUGUCCCUGACAUCCUUGGAGAGCUUUUUGGUCUUGGCCAUGGUGUAGAGUUUGGAAUCUGAUUGAUUGAUUGCUUCUGUGGACAGGUGUCUUUUAUACAGGGAACAAGCUGAGAUUAGGAGCACUCCCUUUAAGAGUGUGCUCCUAAUCUCAGCUCGUUACCUGUAUAAAAGACACCUGGGAGCCAGAAAUCUUUCUGAUUGAGAGGGGGUCAAAUACUUAUUUCCCUCAUUAAAAUGCAAAUCAAUUUAUAACAUUUUUGACAUGCGUUUUUCUGUCUCUCACUGUUCAAAUAAACCUACCAUUAAAAUUAUAGACUGAUAAUUUCUUUGUCAGUGGGCAAACGUACAAAAUCAGCAGGGGAUCAAAUACUUUUUUCCCUCACUGUAGGUGGGGUUUAUAUCUUUGCCACUUGCCCAGAUAGUGACGACCAAGAUUGCUGGAAGGUUAUUUAGAGAUUGAAUUUACACUGAGUAUACCAAACAUUAGGAACAACCCCCUUUUGCCCUCAGAACAGCCUCAAUUCAUUGGGGCAUGGACUCUACAAGGCGUCGAAAGCGUUCUACAGGGAUGCUGGCCCCUGUUGACUCCAAUGCUUCCCACAGUUUUGUCAAGUUGGCUGGAUGUCCUUUGGGUUGUGGACCAUUCUUGAUACACACGGGAAACUGUUGAGUAUGAAAAACCCAGCAGCGUUGCAGUUCUUGACACACACCGGUGCGCCUGGCACCUACUACCAUACACCAACUGUUCAAAGGCACUUACAUUUUUUGUCUUUCCCAUUCACCCUCUGAAUGGCACACAUAAACAAUCCAUGUCUCAAUUGUCUCAAGGCUUAGAAAUCCUUCUUUGACCUGUCUCCUCCCCUUCAUCUACACUGAUUGAAGUGGAUUUAACAAGUGACAUCAAUAAGGGAUCAUACUGUAGCUUUCACCUGGAUUCACCUGGUCAGUCUAUGUCAUGGAAAGAGCAGGUGUUCUAAAUGUUUUGUAUACUCAGUGUAUCUGUUUGCAGCAUAAACUGAGGAGGCAGUUGCAGGCUAACCAAGGAAGUCAUCCAAAAGUAAUCAGAUUUUAUUCAGUACAUGCUGAGAGGUUUAGGGUAACCUUUCUCAGGGUUAAAGGUUAGAGAUCUGUCUAGUUACAGGAAGUCACAUAAUCCUCCAAUCAUUGUCUAUGACUUUGACAACAUAUUAUUAUUGUCAUCUUAAUACAACAAAAUUUUCCCUCAAUUCAGGUACUGUAACUUUACACAAUCUUUAACAACUGUUUUCCUAUUUUAAUCAAUGUGAUUAUUAUCUACAUAUUGAUACCAGGGCAUGACCCUAAAACUAUAGCUUAUUACACAAUGUAUUGGGAAGUUUGGGUGCCAAAGUGGGUGCAGACAAGACAGCUGCAGUGCAUGCAAAUGCAUAGCAUGCAUAUUUAUCUUUCUCUCACACUCUUUCUCCCUCUCUCUCUCUUUUUGAGAUCUGGGAUUAUGUCUCAGGUCAGAAAGUGACUGAAGUGCCUCAUGACUACCAAGGAGAGAGCAAAGUGAGUCCAUCAAUAUAGCCACAAAUAAUUAUCUAAACCUCAAAUACUAUUCCACUCUUACAAAAAAAGGUUAUAUCUAGAACUUAAUAAGGUUCUUCGGCUGUCCCCAUGGGAGAGCCCUUUGAAGAACCCUUUUGGGUUCCAGGUACAACCCUUUUCGAUUCCAUGUAGAACCCUUUCCACAGAGGAAACAAAAAGGGUUCUACCUGGAAAACACAAGAGUUCUUCAAAGGGUUAUCCCAUUGAGACACCCAAAGAACCCUUCUGGAAUAAUUUUUUCUAAAAGUGCUCGUGUCAAAUUGUUGUUCGCACAGAUCUACACAUGCCAUUGGCUUGGCCAGGAUCACAUCGUGGCAGCUGGGAGCCAAUCAAAUAUGCUGAGAGUCAUCAACCGGUGGACUAUGACGGUUAGUAUAUUGGUAUUUUAGGUACAGUAUAAAGUAGCAAAGUUUAUAAAUAUGUAAGAAUUAUUGUGAAGUAAGAUGUCUUGCAGCUUUAUUGUUCAAGCCUAUUAUUGUACGGUGAGUCAUUUAUACAGUAAACAAAACUCUGAGAGAAGCGAUAAAAUAUUUAUUUAUGCACUUUAUAAACAGAAAAUGGCACUCAAUAGUAUACUUGCCAUUUUACAAUGGCCAUCUCUUAGCUAGCAACUGUUUACCUUCCUCCUACAGCACGUUGUUUACCCUCUGAAAAAAUACUGACUGUCCAUCGAUCAAGGUUUAAAGGGAAAAUCCACUCAAAAACUAUAUUUUGGUAUUUAUUUUUAUUAGUCCACUGUUGAUACAGUCCCAAAAUGUUUUACAUGUCAGCAGUCAAGUUUUCAAGAUAUUGGAAUGAUGCGUUUUGCAUUAUGAUGACGUGGCUGGUGACAGUGCUCAAUGUAAUCACAUCAAGGUCCUUCACCAUUGUUCUCAUCUGGUAAUCAGUGGCACUUCUUUGUCCUAAUAAUGCAUGGAAAUACAUGUUGUUCAAAUCAACACUGAAGAAAUUUAUAUAAUUAUGAAUUCACAGAAAUCUAAUGUUCUUAAACCACCUCUUUCUAUUUCUGUCUUUAUUUUUCUCUCUUUUACUCUUCCUCUCCUUCUCCUUCUCCCUCCCCCUCUCCCUCCCUCUUGCUCUUUCUCCCCCUUGCUCUCCCUCCUCUCCCUCUCCCUUCCCUCUCAGACUGAGUCCAGGUUGCUGGGCCUGUCCUCGGCCGUGUUUGGCUCGUCCGUUUGUCCAGUGGGGAAGUGGAAGGGCCUGAUAGCAGCCACGUCUGGGACCAGAGUGUAUCUGCUGGAGCGAGAUGGUCAGAAGCAUUCCAAAAAGUAGGGCCUCUAAGGAGAAGCAAUGUAACAUUCAACGGCACUAUUCGGUUGUCGGUCGCUGUGUGUUUAACUAAUGCGGAACCUUAAAUUAAUAAUUCUAAAACUACGUUUCUUUGGUGCACACUGAUUACUUAACUCAAUAAAUGUUUGACUCUGCCAAAGUGCCUGAGGCCUGUUGCUCCAGCCAUUGGCUCACAAGACUUGACGACUUUAGGACUUAAGUCCAAAGUUAACUAACUUUAGGGAGCGUUUGCAAACUAGCAGGCUUCAACGUUUCAUAAGAGGGUAAACAGUGCACGCUCUCUUUUUCACCAAACUUGUGUUGGCAAGCAUCCAAGGGAUCUGUAAAACUUGUGUGAGAGCAGGAGAUUAGACAAAGAACAAUGGAAUUUCAAAGCAGCCAUAAUAUAAAAAGUGAAUACUUAUCUAAUUAAACUAAUCUAAGUC